UUCUUGGUUUCAGUUCUGUUUCCGUGUAGUCAGCAGAGUCGCGCAAAAGUGACGCGCGUUGUAAAAAAAAAAAAAAAAAAAAAAAGGCUCGGUACAGCUGGAUAUGGCGUCGCUUCUUAGAGGUCUACGGGCCCUAAAGGUGCUUCGGGGGUUGGGCAGCGCGGUUGCUACACCAAGAGGAACAAGCCCCUCAUCCAGUCUGAGGCGAGGUUUCCGAUGUACUGCACUAAGGCUUCAGGAUAACAAGCCGCCCUUCUCCCCAUCUGCUGCCUCUCAUGGACACGCUGCUGAUCCAGAUCCAGCAGCCUCCCAGGGAGUCUCAGCAUCUGGCUUAGGAGAAGAGGAUGUUUCAAAGCCAAACACGAGUUAUCAGGAUCAGAGUGGGGAGCACAGUGAAGAGUAUGAAACAGAAGAGCAGCUUCAAGCUCGCAUCCUGACCUCUGCAUUGGAGUUUGUGCCCCUGCAUGGCUGGACCAUGGAAGCAAUUGCUGCUGGGGCUGAGAAACUGGGUCUGUCCACUGCCUCCACUGGUAUGUUCGACAACGGAGCUGGAGACUUGGUUCUACAUUUCAUCGCUCACUGCAACUCACGGCUGACAGAGAUUCUGGCUGAGCAACACAAGCAGGUCCAGCUGGGCCAGGCUGAACCACAGAAGACUGCUGACUUUCUAAGAGUUGCUAUAGAGACCAGACUGAGGAUGUACAUCCCCUACAUAGACACAUGGCCCAAGGCAAUGAGUCUCCUCCUCCUUCCUCACAAUAUCCCAGACAGUCUGAAACACCUUUCCACCCUGGUAGACGACAUUUGGUACUACGCUGGGGACCGGUCCACAGAUAUGAACUGGUACACGAAACGUGCAGCUCUGAUGGGCAUUUAUAACACCACAGAGCUGGUGAUUCUUCAGGACUCAUCUCCAGACUUCCAAGACACUUGGAACUUCCUUGACAAUCGCAUACAGGAUGUAGUCAACAUGGCCUCCACUGCUAAACAGGUGCAGUCAACAAGCGAAGCAGUGGUGCAGGGACUCAUGGGAGCUGCUAUAACAUUGAAGAACCUGACAGGAAUGAACCAGAGACGAUGAUCACAGUCCCUGACUAUACAUCUAAUUUAUGUCACAAGCUGAAGACAACUACGCCAGACUGCAGUUCUUAGUGAAGCCACAUCUUACUGACUACAAUUUCACUGUCCUGCUCAUAAUUCUUCUCUUUGUAUGAAGGACACACAAACUGAAUUUUGUUGUUGAAUCUAUGAAGAUUUAAAUAAAGCAGAAAUACAG